CCGGGAGAGAAGCAGAGAGAGAGAGAGGAUCACGCUGGAUUUUAUUUUUUUUACAGACUAAAACACCGCUUGGCACACAUGGUUCACCAUUUGUCGGCGGCCUAUUAAUAAAUUAUACAACAAAACUCCAAUUUGUUAAAUAAAUAAUGUAUUAAAAAAAUAUAUACAUUAAAUAAAUAUCGACGUUUAUAAUUGUUUAUUAAAACAAUAAUCAAAAAUGGGGCGACUCCAUGUUCUCUAUGAGCAUGCUGCUGGCUAUGCUCUAUUUAGUGUAAAAGAAUUUGAAGAAGUUGGUAUGUUAUUGCCACAAGUUGAAGCAUCAGUAACUGAUUUAUCAAGAUUCAAUGGACUUGUUAAUUUAAUUGGUUUUUCACCAUUUAAAACAGCAGCAUCAGCAUUGGAAGGUAUUAAUUCAAUAUCAGAAGGUAUUGUACCAGAAGAUUUAAAAAUUUUCCUUGAUACAACUGUUCCAAAAGCUGAAAAAAAAUCAAAAUUUGUUAUUGGUGUAUCUGAUCCAAAACUUGGUGCAAGUAUAUCUGAAGCACUUGGUUUUAAAUGUGAUCAUACUGGUGUUGUACCUGAAAUAAUAAGAGGUAUAAGACAUCAUUUUAGUCAUAUGGUCAAAGGUUUUACACCAAAAACAGCUGGUGUUGCACAACUUGGUCUUGGACAUAGUUAUUCACGUGCCAAGGUUAAGUUUAAUGUUAAUCGUGUUGAUAAUAUGAUUAUACAAUCAAUUGCACUUCUUGAUCAAUUGGAUAAAGAUGUUAAUACAUUUAGUAUGAGAAUACGUGAAUGGUACGGUUAUCAUUUUCCAGAACUCGUCAAAAUUGUACCAGAUAAUUAUACAUAUGCUAAAAUUACAAAAUUAAUUAAAAAUCGUAAAGAACUUAAUGAUGAUAAACGUGAAGCAUUAGAAGAAAUUGUUAUGGAUAGUGCUAAAGUACAAGCAAUUAUUGAUGCAUCAAAAUCAUCAAUGGGUAUGGAUAUAAGUCCAGUUGAUUUACUUAAUAUUGAAACGUUUGCUGAACGUGUUGUUAAACUUGCUGAUUAUCGUAAACAACUUGCUGGUUAUUUGAGUGAUAAAAUGACAGCAGUUGCACCAAAUUUAGCAACAUUAAUUGGUGAUCAAGUUGGUGCUCGACUUAUUUCACAUGCUGGUUCAUUAACAAAUUUGGCUAAAUAUCCAGCAUCAACAGUACAAAUUCUUGGUGCUGAAAAAGCAUUGUUUAGAGCACUCAAGACAAAAGGUAAUACACCAAAAUAUGGUUUAUUAUUCCACUCGACAUUUAUUGGACGUGCUGGUGCUAAAAAUAAAGGUAGAAUAUCAAGAUACCUUGCAAAUAAAUGUUCAAUUGCAUCAAGAAUUGAUUGUUUUACUGACGUACCAUCAAGUAUAUUUGGUGAAAAAUUAAAGGAACAAGUUGAGGAUAGACUCAAGUUUUAUGAAACUGGUGAUGUACCCAAGAAAAAUAUUGAAGUUAUGAAAGAAGCACUUCAAGAAGCUGCACAAGCUAUUGAAAAUCAAAAAGAUUUAAGUAUUGUUGAAGAAUCAUCAAAAAAGAAAAAGAAGAAGAAGAGAAAGCGUUCUGAAGAUGGUGAAAAUGGUGAAAACCAAGAAAAUGGACAAACAAAUGGCAAUGGAAAUGUUGAAAAAACUCCAGUUGACGAUGCACCAGCUGAAGAAGCUCCAAAAAAGAAGAAGAAAAAAAAGAAUAAACCAGCUGAUGAAUAAAUUACAUUGUUCACUAAUUUCUAUUCAUAAUAUUUCUUUCUCUUCUUUUUUUUUUUUUUUUAUAUAGCUUAA